AUGGGUCCGGCAAGAAGCCGGCGCUGUGGGGUGACGACAGAGGUUGGAAAACUUCUUGGUGAAGAAAAAGUGGAUGCAAUCUUGUGUGUGGCAGGAGGAUGGGCUGGAGGCAGUGCUAAAGCUAAAUCUUUAUACAAAAACUGUGAUCUGAUGUGGAAGCAGAGCAUUUGGACAUCCACUAUUUCCAGCCACCUAGCCACAAAACAUCUGAAAGAAGGCGGCCUCUUGACUUUGACAGGAGCUCAAGCUGCUUUGUCUGGAACUCCAGGGAUGAUUGGCUAUGGCAUGGCCAAAGGAGCAGUGCAUCAGCUUUGUCAGAGUUUAGCUGGUGCCAGUAGUGGCUUGCCAUCUGGUUCUGCUGCUGUUGCCAUUUUACCGGUUACCUUAGAUACACCAGCAAACAGGAAAUCCAUGCCUGAUGCAGAUUUCAGCUCCUGGACACCCUUAGAGUUUAUUGCUGAAACCUUUUUUGACUGGAUAACAGGAAAGAAUCGACCAAACUCGGGGAGUCUAAUCCAGGUGGUAACUACAGGAGGGAAGACUGAACUAGUUGCAGCACAUCUUUGAUGUCAGUCACUUAAGACGGUGGAACUUCAGCAAAGAAGGAGGUCUGGAAAAUCUGUCUGCCAGUAUAAAUUGGAUGGUCUUCUGUAUCCAGUGAUUGUAGUUAUCUCAUUAAUGGAACCAGAUUUCAAGUAAUAUUUCUGUGCUGUCAGUUGUGAGCUCUCAGCAUUUGUUUACCAACAAGUAUCAAGUAUUUGUCUCUGAAUUAAAGUUUCAGGCUUUAAAGUCUGUAGAUACCCUAAUUCUGAGCAUUGUAUGUCGACUUACCUGUUUUCUCUGAAAUGGGGAUUGUGCUUAAUUAUGUCAUGUAAUCACAUAUAUAAUGGUUGGAUUUUUUUCUCAGUGAGUGCUUCUGGCAGCUUACUGUGAAUCUUUCAGUAGUCU